AAAGGGUACCUCCUCUGUGUUUGACAGACGGUUUGUGGUUUUCGCUGCUGAAUUUAGGAUAUUCUGUUCAGAUGAGGUUUUUUAAAACUUACUGCUCGUUUUCUUAAAGCACGAUGAGCCGACAAGCUGGAUAAGAGACAGUUUUGAUAAUAAGCUCACGUCUCUUUAACACUUUAGGUGUGACUGGUGAGCUGGAAGGAUGGAAACUCUGAUUCCCACCAUCAACCGGCUGCAGGAGGUCUUCCUGACUGUGGGAGCUGAGAUCAUUCAACUACCUCAGAUAGUUGUGGUGGGAUCUCAGAGCAGUGGCAAAAGUUCCGUACUGGAAAGUCUGGUCAUACGGGACUUCCUGCCUCGAGGAUCUGGAAUCGUCACAAGACGCCCUUUGGUCUUGCAGCUUGUUAAUGUUCCUCCUCUGAAGGACAGAUUAAAGGCUGAGACUGGAAAUGGGGUUACACAAAAUGCCAAAAACAACUAUCCAGGAGUCAAAGCUGAAGAAUGGGGUACAUUUUUGCACUGCAAAAACCAGACCUUCACUGACUUUCAGGAUAUCCGUCAGGAAAUUGAAUCGGAAACUGAACGGAGUUUAGGUGACAACAAGGGAAUCAGUCCUGAGCCCAUUUAUUUAAAGAUUUUCUCCCCCAAUGUUCUUAACCUCACUUUGGUUGAUUUACCUGGAAUUACAAAGGUUCCUGUUGGAGAUCAGCCAGAAGACAUCGAGACUCAAGUGCAGGAGAUGAUCCUGUCCUUCAUCUCCAAUCCAAACUGCCUCAUCCUCGCGGUUUCUCCUGCCAACUCCGACUUGGCCACGUCCGAUGCUCUAAAAUUGGCUCGUGAGGUUGAUCCUGAUGGCCGUCGAACACUGUUGGUGAUCAGCAAACUGGACCUGAUGGAUGCAGGAACCGAUGCACUGGAGGUUCUACUGGGUCGAGUCAUUCCUGUCAGGCUGGGGAUUAUUGGAGUGGUUAACAGGAGCCAGCAUGACAUCAAUACCCAGAAGAGCCUAGAGGAGUCGAUGAAGGAUGAGCAAGCCUUCCUGCAGCGCUACUACCCGUCGCUCGCGUCCCGCGCUGGCUCCCGCUACCUGGCCAAGACUCUGAGUCGGCUGCUCAUGCACCACAUCCGCGACUGCCUGCCGGAGCUGAAGACCAGGGUGACGGUGCUGAGCGCGCAGUACCAGGCGCGGCUCAACAGCUACGGUCAGCCGGUGGAGGACCAAAGCGCCACGCUGCUGCAGAUCGUCACCAAGUUUGCCAGCGACUACUGCAACACCAUCGAGGGAACGGCCCGGCACAUACAGACGUCCGAGCUUUGCGGAGGAGCUCGAAUCUGUUACAUAUUCCAUGAGACCUUUGGCCGCACUCUGCAGUCCAUCGACCCCCUGGGAGGACUGACUGAUCUGGAUAUCCUCACUGCCAUCCGCAACGCUACGGGUCCACGACCUGCACUCUUUGUGCCCGAGGUGUCAUUUGAGUUGCUGGUGAAGCGACAAAUUAAGCGUCUAGAGGAGCCCAGCAUGCGCUGCGUCGAGCUUGUUCACGAAGAGCUGCAGAGAAUCAUCCAGCACUGCUCCUCCUUUAGCACACAGGAGCUUCUGCGAUUUCCCAAACUACACGAUUCUAUUGUGGAAGUAGUGACCGGAUUAUUGAGGAAGCGUUUGCCCAUUACUAAUGAAAUGGUGCAUCAUCUAGUAGCUAUAGAGCUUGCCUACAUCAACACAAAACAUCCAGAUUUUACAGACGCAGCGCAGGUCUCAGCGUCUGUAAACAGUCAGCAGGCAGAGGCCAUGGAUGGAGGGAAACGCUGGAAGAACGAGAAGGUCGCGGAUGAGAAACCCCCCGCCACAGGCUUUGGCAGCCCGAGCAAAGGCCAGGCCAUUAACCUGCUUGACACGGCUGUCCCUGUAGCCCGCAGACUGACAAGCAAAGAGCAGAGGGACUGUGAGGUCAUCCAGCGGCUCAUCAAGAGCUACUUCCUCAUCGUCCGCAAAAGCAUCCAAGACAGCGUGCCAAAGACCGUGAUGCAUUUCCUGGUGAACCACGUGAAGGAGCACCUGCAGAGCGAGCUGGUGGGUCAGCUCUACAAGCAGCCUCUGCUUCAGGAGCUGCUCAUCGAGUCGCAGGACACCGCGCAGCAGCGAACCGAGGUCGCUCAGAUGCUCGAGGCACUCAAAAAAGCCAAUAAUAUCAUCUCUGAGAUCCGGGAGACCCACCUGUGGUAGCAGAAGUAGUGAUGGAGUGUGUGAGAGUGCAUGUGUGUUUACUGUAGAGACGGUGUGUGUUGCAGCACCACAGUUUUCUCCUGGACCAAUUAGACCAACUCCUUCCCAUCAACCGUCGCUUCUCACUGUGAAUGUUAAUGUAGAGAGAAAUAAUAGUCAAAAACUCAGACCAAAAGUGUUGUUCUUAAUUUAAAAAUGUGAAAAAAACAGCCAUGAACAAAAUCCUUUUUUUCCCCCCGUGAUGAGAACAUGAUAAGUUUUAGCUGUAAGUGUGAAGAUGCUGAGUUCACGUGUCCUCACUGCGCAGGUAUUAACACUGUAAACUGGUCUUUCUCUGAGCCUUUAAGAAGGUGCUGAAGUUGUGUUAAAACGAGUAUUUGUUACUCAACAGACAUAAAAAUAAAACCCACCUCUGUUGAAUCAGACUGCAGCACACCUCUGCUGUCAUUUUCAACUUCAAGUGAGACUGGUUUUAUUCUCCACAGACACAUAUCAGAACAUUUGCACUGUUUGAUCAUGAUAAAAGUUUGUUUUGACAUUAUGUAAAGGACAAACGUGUGUUUCCCUGUUAGAUAUGUUGAUCCUCUUGGAUCAUAUUUAGCUUUAAGUAACUUGACAGUAAAAGGAUUAAAUUUAACUGAGUGGACAUGCCUGACUUUAAAUCCAGAUUAUUUUCACCUCUCAAAUUCAGAUCUUUCCAUGUUUCACUGUAAACAGGAAAACAACAAAAUACUUUUUUUCCCCACAUUAACUCUUCAGCCGUCCAAGCUGCCACUGGAGAUCCUCAGUUUGCAGUGAUUUCCUGCAUGCAGUCGUUUUGGUGUUCCCAACUCGAAUCUAAACAACCUAAUUUGACCCACAGCUGACUCCCUUUGUGCCACUCGUUUAUUUAUCUAUUGCUUAGAUUCAGAUUUUCCAUCUGUUAGAUGUUCUUCAGUUCUAUCACUUCCCACAACAACUGUAGUAUCUUUAGCUUUUUGUAUGGGACUAUCAAACAGUAGCUUUUAUUUUUCUGUUCCUGAAAGCCCUGUUUAAGAUUGCAUGUGUGCGUGAUGAGUAUGCAUGUGUGGAGGUGUGAAUAAAUGUAUAUUUUGUAUUUAAAUGUAUAAUAUGUCUUCUGCCUUCUCAGUUCCUGCCUGCCAAUAUUUGUGAUACAUGUUUGUUAAGUGAGUUCAGAAUUACUUAUUAAACUUGAACGAUGGACGUUG